UCGCAGAUUCUGUUGAACAGUCGUUUAAAAUUGCUCACCGCUGGUUACGUAAUAAUUCAGGAUCUAUUCUUUGCUACUGCGUAAUGUUAUGUUUUCUGCGCUUUGAAAAAUAUAUAUAGAUAGUGAAGCAUGUAGGGCAGAGAAGGAGGAAAGAUGAGAAUUUACAAGCGCUGAAAAGAAUAGACCAAAUAAUAAUACACGUGGUUUCUCGAUUGGCGAUUACGAUUUCCGUUGUAAGAUAAACAUCAAGUUGUUCGGUAAUGUUACGUGGCUUCCUAUAUAAUAAAUGAGACGAUGCGAAGAUAUAAAAUACCGGGAAAUCUCGCGCUGCGAUCUCAGUACAGAGUGAGGCCUGCUGCAGCUGUGGACGUGUAGACACGUAAAUCCAAUCGGAAGCCUUUUAUCAAACUGAUUAGGAUUGCUAUAGCUGUACAACAGCCGCGAAGAUGCAUAUGAAUGUCCUGCCGCUGCACCAGCUGAUGCAGGUGCUGGCCUGGCUGGAGGGUACGUGGAUAACGGAGGAGCCCGCGACGGGCAUGUACCCGACCAUCAAGAACUUCAACUACUACGACGAGAUAAACAUCACGUCCACGGGUCAGCCGCUGUUCAACUACAUCGCGCAGAGCUGGGAUCCGGAGACGGGGACGCCGAUGCAUCGGGAGACCGGCUUCCUGCAGAUCUUACCGGGAACGAAGAAGGUCGUCCUCAGUCUGAUUGACAACAUAGGACUGUUCACGGUCGAGCAGGGCGAUCUGGCGGACGACGACAGCGGUGUCGUCACCGUGACGAGCACCAAUAUACUGACGACAGACGCGUCGGUACCGUCCUUUCCGAAAGUGACCGAGACGCGUCGGGAGUACAAACGCGACGGCGACAACUUGGAGCUCGUUAUGUACAUGGCGACGACGAAGACACCCGAUCUGACGGAACAUUUGCGUGCGAAGUAUAAAAAGGUGGCAUAGAGAUCCGCGAAGGAUAUUAGACACAUGUGUAUGUGUGUAUGUAUAUACGAGAACGACACAGAAAGUAGGGAAGGAUCUCUGAAUCUACGAAUUAUUAUUCUUCAUCUUUUUUGUAACUUUUUAAGUAGGAAACAAGAGCAAUAUAUUCUCGAGAAACAUAAAUGUAUUUUUUGAUGUAGCUCAUAAUAAAUAGCAGCAUAGACAUAA